AUGGCUGGGGAAAAGUCAGGACUGACUGAGAGCAUUCUUGCUCUACACAAUCGAAACUUCGUCAAUGUGAGCACAAAUCCAUCCAGCACCUUGCUAAACUUGACUGAUAAAGUCGUCACCGAGGAAAAGAUCCAUCUAUAUUAUUCGCACCUUGGUCAGCGCCGGAUCAACCGCGGGGAUCAUACUGUCAACGGCAUCGAGUGUUUGACACUAGCCCCUCAGGGCCAGCCUGAGAGACCCCUCGAUGAUAUGGAACCGCAAAGCCAGGACACCACCGAUGCCGAUUUGAAGAUCUUCCAGCAGCUAAGUAUGCACAUUUCUUCACCGGAGGGACCAUUGGAACGGUUCCUUACACCGGAUGGGUGCAGCGACCCUUCAUAUUACGCUCGACCCGCUCUAGAAAGAACACAAAUAGCAUUUGGCAGCAUGGAAAGUGUUGGUGAGAGACGGCGGAGGGCUCAGGCAAAUAUGGAAAUGGUCAUUCAGAGAAAAGGAGAAGAGGAAGGAAGUCGCAGAAUGAUUUGCAAUUCAUUUUGCGUUGAGCGGCCUGGUGCUUCUCUAUUUCCUUCCUCGAAUGUUGCAUGA